CCCUAAUUAUACUUUUACCAAAUCACAAGUAACCCUGUGGUUAUUAUCCUCUGUCUGGCACCAAGUAAAAUAAAAAGGUACCCAUUUGCAGGAAAGCAGGAAAGCAACAGGAAGACGAGACAAGGCAUAUACAGGCAGGGGGCUGAGACGAGGACAGAGGGACAGAGACAGGAGGGAGACAGGACAGAGACAGGACAGGGCAGAGACAGGACAAGACAGGGCAGGCCAGAGACAGGACGGGGCAGAGACAGGACAGAGACAGGACAGGGCAGAGACAGGACAGGACAGGGCAGGCCAGAGACAGGACGGGGCAGAGACAGGACAGGGCAGAGAUGAGACGGGGCAGAGAGGGGACAGGGCAGAGACAAGUUGGGACAGAGAAAGGACGGGGCAGAGAUGAGCCAGGACAAAGAUGGGACGAGGCAAAGACAGGACAGAGACGGGACAGGUCAAAGAUGGGACAGGGCAGAGACGGGACAGGACAGAGACGGGACAGGACAGAGACAGGACAGGACAGAGACGGGACAGGACAGAGACAGGACAGGACAGAGACGGGUCGGGAUGGGACAGAGACGGGUCGGGGCAGAGACGGGACAGGACAGAGACGGGACAGGACAGAGACGGGACAGGACAGAGACAUGUCGGGACAGAGACGGGACAGGACAGAGAUGGGUCGGGAUGGGACAGAGACGGGUCGGGACAGAGACGGGAAAGGACAGAGACGGGACAGGACAGAGACGGGACAGGACAGAGACAUGUCGGGACAGAGACGGGACAGGACAGAGAUGGGUCGGGAUGGGACAGAGACAUGUCGGGACAGAGACGGGACAGGACAGAGAUGGGUCGGGAUGGGACAGAGACGGGUCGGGACAGAGACGGGAAAGGACAGAGACGGGACAGGAUAGGACAGAGACGGGUCGGGGCAGAGACGGGACAGGACAGAGACGGGACAGGACAGAGACGGGACAGGACAGAGACAUGUCGGGACAGAGACGGGAAAGGACAGAGACGGGACAGGACAGAGACGGGACAGGACAGAGACGGGACAGGACAGAGACGGGACAGGACAGAGACGGGAAAGGACAGAGACGGGACAGGACAGAGACGGGUCGGGGCAGAGACGGGACAGGACAGAGACGGGACAGGACAGAGACAUGUCGGGACAGAGACAGGACAGGACAGAGACGGGACAGGACAGAGACGGGACGGGUCAAAGAUGGGACAGGGCAGAGAUGGGACAGAGACGAGCUAGGAGAGAGACGGGCCUGGGCAGCAACAAGUCAGGGCAGAAACGGGCCGGGGCAGAAACAGCUGCAUUAUCUACAUCAGCGAAAAAUGAGAAAAGGAUGGACAAACACGAUCCUGGUCACACUGCAUUGUAAGGAAAUCAACAAUUUACACAUACAUUUUUACACAAACACAGACAUAUAUGUAUACACACACACAAACAGAAAGUGGCUACUUUAUUAAGUAAAACUGCUCGUUAAUGCUGACAGACUUUUCAGAACAAACAGGGAAUCGUGUGGCUGCAAAUAAACACAAUCAGCAUGCAGACGGGGCCAGAGGUCAACUACUGCUCUGCCAAGCAUUAGAAAGGGCCACGAUAACCGCGUUUCUAAAUGAGGAGGAACGUCCUGAAAGCAACCCACCCUCCUGCGUUUCUCACACAUUCUACUGUCUAGACUUCACAGAGACUGUGAUAAACAAAAAACAUCCAGUCAAGGGCAGUUCAGUGGCCAAAAACACCCUGUUCAUGAGAGAAGUCAGAGGAGAACAGCCAGAUUCAUUAAAGGUACCAGAACGGCCACAUGGGCAAAAUAGCAGCUCUGUACAACAGCGACGUCCAAAGACGCUUAAAGUGCUUCUGGGGACAAACAUGCAGUGAUACCUGCUUCUGCGUUAGUGUACCUAAUAAAGUGGCUACACAUUAUCAUAUUACAUAUGAGAAUACACAGAAUAUUCUUUAUUCAUUGGUUUGUUUAGUUAUGAUGCAUGUUUUAAUUACUCAUUUGCUGUGCCUUGCUGUAUGUUUUCUUACCGCCCAUUCACAGAGGCACCAUCUUUUUUGAACAAUCUGUAAUCACUUGAAUCGUCUCAGGCAUUAGCAAGAUGCUUAAAAUCCGCAAGCAUCAGGUGCAUAUUUAAUACUCAAAAACAGUACAUGUUCACAGUGUCCUUUACACUCAGCAUUCAUCCAAAGGCUUUGUGCAGAACUGGAACUACUAUAAAAGUGAGCAUUCACUCCCUUACAAAAAGCAAUAUAGACAAAUCGGGAUUUGUUUUCCAUUAAGUUUUCUCAUUUCGGUCCAAUAAUUCAAGUAAUUAUGAAUAAUGAUGUUAUUUGACAUGCUAAUGGUAAGCUUGCACAAUUCUAAGAUUCAUCCGUCACUGUCAAAGAGGUCAAAUAUUUGUAUUAGGCAGCGCGGUGCAGAGUUCAUUAAACAGUUAAACGGAAGGCUGAGCUGUAAUUUACUGCACUGGCCCAACUGCAACUCCGUCAGCUGCUACAUCGGGUCACUCUCAAUGCAACCUUGAGAAAUAGGUGGCAGACAAGCAAGAAAGUUUCCCCUUUCGCCAGUGUCCAAUCCAGUGCUGCUGAAGAAGUGGCUUCAAUGUCACACCUGCAUAAUCUGAAUAUUCAAAUAUUUGAAUAUCCAAGUAGAACCAGCGCAUGAUAUUUUCCCUUGUAAUCUAAUUACAGGCUCAUGGCCUAUGCAAACACGA